ACUCCACGUCUGACCUAGUUCGCUAUUGAUCGAUUUAAUCCUGGCCUUCGCUACAGAAAGCUAACUUCCCCGGCGAGCUAUUCUUUGCAGCUUACGCUAAGCUUGUCUGAAUACUAGGGUCUUAAUUCUGCUUGGGUUUAGAGAUAUAAGCCGCCGCGAUAGACGAACUUUAGCGAAGUAGAAAUGUGUGAUAUUUUAAGUUAGAAUAACGUGCUUUGCAUUUCCGCGGAUAGAUUUAGUAAUAUUUGUGAUAAUUUAUUACGACACAAACUUAAACAUAUCACGUGAGCAAUGGCAGCUGACACAGAAGGGAACUUACCGACAAUACUUCCGCAAAAUAAUCCGGCAAAAAUCAAUGAAGCCGUUAUGCGGUCGACACCUGGAUCCGACCAAGGUCCUCACAGCGACAGCGAGAAAAGCUUUGACUACUAUGAAAGCAGUUCCGUUGAUUUUCAUCGCUCAGAAAAUAGUCCAGAAUCGCGCGGGACUUAUUUCGACGAUUUGCACGAGAUCAGUGAGUACGGGAAGCAUAAACGUCGCGUUAGAAUCACAAACAGGGGCACUAACUGGUCGGAACACGACAAGAUGUUGGCAGUGACGUUGGUUCUCACACGAGAGGCGGAGUUAUAUCCCUCUAAACUGUCAGGUGGUCGCCUGUCAUCUCACAGGAAGGUGGCCUGGCUGCAGGUGACGGCGAAAUUUAAUGAGAAAGCGGAUGAACCUCGAACCUCUGAGCAGCUGAAGAAAGCGUUUGAGAACAUCAGGAUGGCAGCGAGGCGUUUUCUCGACGACCCCAGCUUCCAGUCCCGCUCCCCAUCCCAGCACAUACAACUGGUGAUCAACCAUCUGCAGAAUCAGCCGCAGGAGCUGGCUCGCGUGUACCUGCAUCCUGGAGUGACGUCAUCGCACAUGGACAGUGUGACGUCAUCCAGUCAUGAUGGUUUUGAUCUGGACAAAUCUCUUGAUACAACAAAACAUGGGGAAGAUAUUGGCUCCGAAACCUCUUCAAGCGGUUACGACUAUUCACGCAAAACUCCUACCAGUCUUCACACAAACAACAAACGCAUGGCAGACAGUGAGGAUAACGCAAGAGCCGCCAAACUCAUAAAAUCCGAGCCGGGAACCACAACUAAAAAUUCCGGUUUAAAAACACAACCUGAACAAGUUACAUGUGUUCCGACUCUGAGUCAAAUUAAGUUUAAACAUCCCUCCGUCUCAACGCACGUCGAAAAUGGGAACAGCGAUGGUCAGCAUAUUCUAACAAGGAUAUUAAAUUGUGACGUAAGUGACAUUGACCUCAUAUCACGUGAUUACAAUUAUACAUUUAACAGCCCUGCUUCUAAUAUAGGAACAAUUAGUAAUAUUGAAAUAAAUAAACGACGAACCGAUGUAAAUGGUGGAGGCAUGUGCGCUUUAGAUAAAAGGAAGAAAAAAGGAGUAUCUUCGCAGAAUUCUCCGAAUUAUUUGGUUCUCUGGGAACGCAAAAGAUUGCGCGCGGAAGUGGAGAAGCUGCAGCUGGAGGCGGGGCUUAUCAGGCAGCGCAUGCUGGAGGAGCAGGAGAGCUUCCGGUCGCGCCGGGAACAGGAGCGACAGCUGACGGAGCUCAAAGCGGAAAUGCUGCGAGAAAAGGCUGAGUUCUACCGACGUGGCGCUUAUGAGUGCGUGUGUAAACGGUCGAAUAAUACCGACGAAUGAUGAGAUGGAUGUGUAGUGCGAAGAGCAUUUCGAAUUCAGUCUACCAAUGCGGUUUUACUCGUUUCGCUCAGACAGUGUAUGGGACGGGGAAGGGUGCGGGAUAGAAAGCACAGUGUCUCUGUUGUGCUGGUUGCUGUGUACUGUUGUAAUAUGAUGACGGUAACAGGCGUAGUGAUAGAAAAUGAUUUCAAUAUUAAUGGAAGAAUGUAGUCGUAUUUUUGAAAAGUUUGAACAUUUAUCUAAAUAAUUUAGCAUAUUGUGAAUACACGUUAAGCAUGCUAUUACAUAAAUGUCUCAAUUAGUGAUAUGUUCAUAUGUAUUUGCAUUAAAACAUACAUGUAUCGAUAA